AUGGUGUCCACAUGUGGGACACAAAGGUCUGGUCUGCGUUUUCUCUCCGCUCCGACUUAUCAGUCCUCCAGAACGUCCCCACUCAGCCUCCGCCGCCUGCACCGGGGCCUCCGGAGAUACGUGUGUGGCCUGGAGGGUGCCGCCGUAGGCCUCUGCCGGCGGCUGGGGGUGGAGGGGGUCCGCUCCGGGGAGACCGGGAUCUGGGUGGGCGAGAGAAAGAUCUGCGCCAUAGGCGUCCAUUGCUCCCACCACGUUACCUCUCACGGGUUGGCCCUGAACUGCAACACCGACCUGAGCUGGUUUGACCACAUCGUGCCGUGCGGGAUCGAGGGGAAGGGGGUCACCUCUCUGAGCGCGGAGCUGGGAAGAGCGGUCACCGUGGAAGAGGUCGUCCCGCCGUUCUUAGAGGCCUUCCAGGAGGAGUUUCAUUGCAAUUUAGACUUCAGAGAUGGAGAAGAGGAGGAGGAGGCGGGGCUACCGGAUCAUCAUCAUCGCUCCCCGAAAUGA